AUGCACUGCCUCACUGGUGACGAUGUAACACUACUGAAAGAGGAAAUUCGAAAGAAGUUCUCCAUCGAUGCGAGCAACGAGUGCGUCAGCGGUAGCUCGAAUUAUUACGAGUGGAAGACGUUUCUCGUGUGCACUUAUAUCAACCUAAUACCUAUUCCUGCCUACAUCACCAUUCUUGUUCUCAGGAAACUUACUAUCUCGAAACUGAGCAUUCAAACAGCCAUGUCUCAAGGCACUAAACACCUUCAUUCCCAACUACUCCUGAUGCUCACAUUCCAAGCAUCCUUACCUAUGACGUUACUCUUGGGCAGUUUCGCAUAUGCAAUUGGCCAAUCGGACAUUUAUCAUCAUCCUCUUCUAGAGUAUUCCCUCAGUUUUGUGACAGUGCCUGUUCCAGCGCUGAAUUCUAUCGUAUCACUAUAUUUCAUUGGGCCUUAUCGUAUUUGGAUACGCGAUUCACUUCUGUGUUGGAAAAAGCCCGUCCCCAUAACCACUGUACACAGCAUCGGGACCAUAACAUUUGUGAAAUAG